GUGAUCGCAUGUAUGCAACCAGUGCUUUCUUGCUUGUAGUCGCUAGAAGCCAGGUGACAGUUGUGACUAUCGAAUUUUGUUAGGAUUUCUACAAACAUGCAGAGGCCUCGCAAAAAGCUCGUUACGGAGAAGGCAUCGCGGGAAGCACGGAGGACACAUCUGCUAAUUGAUCCCUUGUGCGCUCUGCCGGAGUGUUUGGGAGACAAUGCGUGUGCGGCCUCCGCCACCCAGCCAUGUCGAGAAGAGCCACAACGCUUGGCAGUUGCAAAACAUGAUGACUUAGCUGUGCAUAGUGAUUCUACUAGUGCCUCGCAUGAAAUCGCACAUUUUGCGAGUCGUGAUGCCGAUUCCACACAAUCGUCAAAUAGUUCGUCAGGUGAUUCAGAUGAUUUGCCUGGAGCCUCAUCUCAAAACUUGCAUUUUUCUUCUGUGCCCAUUGUUUCAUCAGAUGAAGUAGCACCGCAAAAAGAAAGCUUUCGAGAGGCACUGCGUCAAUGGGCAGUUGAGAAUAACAUCAAGCGAAAAGCAUUAAACCAGCUAUUGAAGCUGCACAAACGUUACAGCAUCUUUUCCGAACUUGACCUCCCUGAUGACGCGCGUGCACUCCUCAAAACGCCGCGACUAGAAAACACCGAGUACCCCGUGGUGGCCCUGUCUCCGGGCGAAUAUUGUCAUUUUGGUCUCGCUGCCGGGCUUAAACAUUCGUUGCAAUUCGUGAAAGACCCUCCUAGUAUUGUUUCACUCAUUGUCAAUGUAGAUGGCCUGCCCCUUGCAAAAAGCUCAAGAAUGCAACUUUGGCCUAUACAAUGUAGAGUUAGUAACUGUGGUGAGGGCUUUGGGCCAUUUGUUAUUGGGGCUUAUGCCGGACCUUCAAAGCCGCAUUCAUCCAAUGAUUUUUUGAGAGCUUUCGUUGAUGAGUUGCAGUAUUUGCUGGCAAAUGGGCUUGUUGUCAAUGGCAAGCCAAUCGAGGUUUGUCUGAAGGCUCUUGUUUGUGAUGCGCCAGCACGGUCUUUCGUAAUGAUGACCAAAGGCCACAGUGGCUACAGUGGCUGCCCCAAGUGCUGCAUUGAGGGUGCAUACAUUGGAGGCAAGGUUGUGUUCCCCGAUUCAGACUGUCCCCUCCGCACAGAUGCUAGCUUCAGGCAGCAGCACGACUCCGAGCAUCACAGAGGAACGUCAAUUCUUGUUGAGUUGCCUCUUGACACUGUGUGUGAUGUUCCUCUCGACUAUAUGCAUGUUGUUCUGUUAGGUGUUGUGAAAAAGCUUUUUUCCCUGUGGCUUUCAGGUCCUUUAAAUGUUCGACUGGGACCACUUCAACGUCAUACUUUCAAUGAGCAAAGCACAGCCUUGCGUCUCUACAUCCCGCACGAAUUUCCACGUAAACCUAGGGGUGUCGAUGAGUUAGAUAGGUGGAAGGCUGUUGAAUUUAGGCUUCUUCUGCUCUAUACAGGGCCUCUUCUUCUCAACGGCAUUCUCACAGAUGACAUUUAUAAACAUUUCUUGCUUCUCCAUGCCUCGCUGUCAAUUUUGGUUAACAAGCAGUUGUGCAGUCAUCAUGCUGACUAUGCCGGGGCACUUCUGAAACAUUUUGUUGCCAGUUUUGCCCAUUUGUAUGGAAAAGAGCACAUGUCGUUCAAUGUCCAUUGCCUGUCACACUUGUCUGAUGACGUCAAACGCCAUGGCGCAUUAGACUGCUUCAGUGCAUUUCCCUUUGAAAACAAUAUGAAGCAAUUAAAGAGGCACCUUCGCAAACAUGGGAAACCAUUACAACAACUUGCAAAUAGAAUGGCAGAGGCAAAUUCAGCUGCUUCUGAAGUGCCUUGCAGGCGAUAUGAUCCUACUCCCAGACAACCUUGUGAAAAUGGUCCACUCCUUCCCACAUGCUGUCUUCCAUGCUUCAAAACUCUGAAGUAUCAAAAUUUUGUGCUGAGCACAGAAGAGCCGGACAACUGCUACAUGCAGGGUGGACAUAUUAUUAUUGCAAGAAACAUUGCUUCCAUGAGGGGUACAGAAGAGAUUUGCAUCGUUGGUCAAGAAUUUUUGCAUAAAGAAGAUUUCUACACACACCCCUUUGAAUCUUCAAGACUUGAUAUUUAUAUUGUUUCAGGUCUUUCAGACCUCAAAGUGUGGCCUGUGAGCAAUGUGCGAAAAAUGGUCAAGCUCCCAUGGAAGAAGCAGUUUGUAGUAAUGCCAGAGUUGCAUACCGUUUAGUAUGUGUUCCAAGAUUAGCUCAUUUUAGUGUCGUGUUCUGUACUUUUUCCCUGUAGCAGUGAGGAACUUGCUCUGGUGCUGACUUUGCCCUGAACACUCUUAUCUGCCUUCACACAAGCUCUUGUAUGAGUGUGGUGAGAAGCCUGACUGGAAGUUUUUUUCUGGCUGUUGUAAAAUAAUUCUUCAGGCCACUAGACAGUGCCACAAUAGUGAGGAAUUUGGGCAUCUGCAGCUGUUGUAAAGUAUGUGUAUUUCUUUUGUUAGCUCAUAGCUGCUUGUUUCGAUUCCCAAGAAAUGUUGAGGAGUAUAGAUUGUUUUCCAAGCGUCUUACGUGGGGAUCCUUUGAAGCGUUUUAGCAGGACCAUUGACAACAGUUCUAUAAAAACUGCUGUGGCCUCCCUAUGUAGCAUCUUAUUUUGGUAUUUACCACAGCUAUAUUACUUGAACUUUGAAGGAAGUGUGGAGCUUGUUUUCUGCUGUUGCCAUGUAAACUUUUAAUCUCUCCUGAUUCUAAAGGUCUGGCUUCAUUUGCAAAUACAUUUCCUAUGGCUUGUCAACAAUGUUUUGUCUUGAGGUUUUAUUAUGUGGCGAUGAAGGCAUUUUGGUUCAAAAUUUAUUUUUGAACAGCCAACAUGACUAUGUUUUUGUCGUAUAGGUAGAUGUCUGGCUUUUCUGGCCAAACACUGAGAGCUAUAGCUUGACAAAGCUUGAAAAAUUAUUUUGAAACAUGCAUCUCCUAGACCAGGUCAGUGUAUUCUAUGUUCAACUUAAUUCUUGAUUAGCUCUCUGCUAUUGUGUAAUUGUGAAAGCCUGAUCAUGAUUGAGCAUGUAAUGGUAAGUUAUAUACAUAGUUUCCAUGGUACUAUUCUUAUUUGAAGCAACAAUGUGCUUAACUAGGAAGUGCUGCUUUGUGCAAUGCUGGCACUACAAUUCAGAAUUCUUUUACAGAUGAGCUAUGCUAUUGUGGAAUUCACUGCCUCUAAAGAGGUUGAAAUUGUGCCAACUACUUGGGUCACCGGGAGCAUGUGCGUCUGGCCGCAUAAUGUAAAAGUGGAGAAGGCUGGGAAAAUGGCACGGAAGCAGCAUCCACCACAGUCAUGGUGGAAGCAGUAUGAAAUUGCUGUGAAAGGUUUGUUUGGUAAGCGCAUUUCAGUCAACUUAAGUCUUAAGCCAGGGGUGAUUACAUUGAUCACAUUUUGCACUUUUUCAGUUACCUAUGAACAUGCCCGGAAAAAGCUAAAUGACAGUCAGUUCCAUUCAGACCUGGCCAGUGAAACUGAAAUGCCCCCAUUGAAGAGGCGUAGACGGCCACCAGCAGCCUGGAGCAACUCUGACAGUGAAGAAGAGGAGGGAGAAACUGCCACAAGCCAGCCAAGACUGCCAGCCAUUCCAAAUAAUUUUCCAUCUGGAAUAACCUCGAAUGAAGCAACAAGUCUGCCCACAUUUGGCCAGGGAGACAAAGGCACACCAGGGACCCAGUUGUCAGAGACAAACUCGCCACAAGGCAUGUCUGAUAACCACUCUGUUGAUGCAGGUGAACAGAUAGAGCAAGAACGGCCACAAAACACACCUCAUCAUUGUUGUGUAGAGAAGAACUUCCAGCGGCAUGUACUACGACUGCUGAACACGCUUCGCUUCAUGCUAGAACAACAAGCAGACACCCUGAACAAGUUGUGUGAUAUGCUACCUACUUCUUCAGUCACCGAAUGCGCAGAUCUCUUAAGCCAUCCACUAAGCAGUCUUGAAGAACUACAAGAGUUUGACGACAAGCUCGAUGCUGGAAAAUUUAAGAUCCUGGUUCAUGAGUUGACACAGCUUGGCGGGAAAGAUGCCUACUGGGCAACAAAAAGAAUCUUGUCAUAUUGCAUCACAGACGAGGUUGCGGCACAAUUUUCCUGGAUGGGUCGAAAAGGAAAACUGAGCUUCUCCGCCUUAAAGAUUGCUAAAGCCAUAGCAGAUGCUGCUCGCAAAGCGCCAAAUGCAACUGCUGCUGACGUUGAGGCCUCUAUCAAAUCGUGGCUCCGGCAUGCUCCCGAGCGCCUUGCCACCAAGUUUCAGAAGUCAAAGCCAAGACUACUUGAGCAGGCAGCAGAUACUGACUGAAACUGUCACCACGGCAGAGGGUCCAAGGCUUCCAGCUUCUGAUUCUCUGGUCAUUCUGUGGAUAUUGAUGGCAGCAGAUAGCCAAUGGCAAAGACAAGGACCAUGCACUGUUGGCAACCAGCUCAACCACAACUUCAUGGUGGUAUUUCUCAACCGAUGUGCCACCUCCACGCUUCAGUAUAAUACCUUUCCUUUAAAAAAUGUGAAGGGUGCUGUCACAAUUCGUGUUUUGCAGGUAGCAUCCACUUUAGGCAUUUGAGGUUAUGGGCAACAUAGUGUUUUUUUAUUUGAUGAAUAAUUUUUUUUAAAGAUACAGCUGAACUAAAGGACAUUGCAAGUUUGACUUUUGACUUGUGUCCACUGUAUAAUGUAUGUAUGUUAUCCACUGUUAUUGUGAUCCUCAAAAUCAUGUGCAGUUUCUGUUGCAUUGUUACCAAGUGCUUUGGAGACUGUUGCCGUCAUACGAGAUAGGUGAAAAUGUCUAGUCAGCUGUAAAAGCUGUACAAGUCUAGUUUCUACGUAUUGCCCACUCCUCUGGAACACACGGUAACUCUCCUUCCAUUGCUACUUUCUAUACCUGCCUUCAGGCAGCAACACAAGCUUAUGCUGGUGCCACUUUGGAAGCAGCUUGCAUUCCUGGAAACGAAGGCAACUUUACAUUGUUUACUUAAAAGCCAGUUAACUAACUGCCAUGUAUUAAAUUGAAUGAUCCAGACCAUAAAAUGCUCUUUUUGCCUAGUUUGAGCAAGGAUAGGGAACCAAUAAGUGCAAAUUUUUAAAUAGGAAUUUAAGCUAAAUAUCGCUCUUGCAUGUAUGUUUACCAUUUGUAACAGUUUCUAGCACUUUGAGGCAGUAUCUGUGUUAUAAGUUUUGCUACCAAACUCUUGAAUGCAGAGUUCUGUAUUUCUAAGCAAGUAAUUUCAUACUCGAAAAGGUCACUUUUUUUUUCUUUUUGAAGCUACUGACAGAACUUUGUUCUGCAGUUGUGCACAUAGUGAAGUACGUGGUUAUAUGUUUGCACUGUUAACUGGAUUCAAUGUUCAGAUAUUGUGAAAACAGUUCUAAAAGUUAAAUUCUUCUGCUGCAGCUGUAUUGUAAUAUGCUAAUAUAGCCCUCAACUGCUUUGCAGAGCUUAGGAAACUACAGUCACUCCCCAAGUGUAAUUAGUGGCUGUAUUGUGAUGACUAAAGCACUUUACUCAUAGUAAGCUCAACAGCUCUUACAUGACUUGUUCUCUGUUGCAAAUGAUGCGAUACAUUUUUAUUCUUAGCAAUAGUAAUGUUAAAUUUCUUUAUUCAACUUCUCUUGCUAUAUAAUGCAGUAUUUCCCAACGUUACUAGACUAGCUUCAGUUUUAAAACUCGGCGCCGUUGCGCGGAACCGCCACCUGCCCGCGCCUUUGUGGCGCUGCAGUCGCGCCCGGCUCCACUUCCUCACUAGCCGGCUACGCGGGCAGGCCGGACUAAGCACGCGGUGCAGCGUUUGUGCAUUCUGUGGUUCGUUGUUGACAGCGAAUUUCAGCAAGCAUGUCAUCCGUGGAACCGUAGCCUUCGCCGAGUUUCUUAAGAAUAUCAGCAGACGAUGCCGAAGUGCUGCGUGCCUGGCUGCAUAGGCCGCUAUCGGAACGAUGUACCAGAAACACCGAUAUUUGGCACAUACAUUCAUUCAGAACAGGUUACGGACAACAUAUGCUCAGAAACACUCUUCCACAUCUCUUAAACCUGUGCCAACAUUACAAUUUAAAUCUCCAACGCACCCGGUCAAAAGAUUUGCGUCAUUUUGUUUCACUUAAAAGUGAAAGGGCGGCACUUUCUGUUUGAAAUGUACGACAUGAUAUUAUGCACAUCACUAUGUUUUUUGGAAUUGUACAUUUUUGUAAAAAUUGUCAUUUGUGAUAUUCCUUUUUGUCUGUACUCAUAUGCUUGUACUGUUUGCCUUUUUUUUUUUCUAAACAUCAUGUUUUGUAUCGGGGAGGCGAGAGCCCGUCAAGCUGGAUAUGCAGCUUUUUCUCUCCCCGUCCCACAUCCUUGGGAUGGAAAAUAAAGGCAUUAUUAUUAUUAUUAUUAUUAUUAUUAUUAUUAUUAUUAUUAUGUCGACAGUUCGGUGCACCACUUUUUCUGUGCUCUCAGCAAUGCGACGCUGCGCUCGGCGUGAAACAGAGCGAUUCCUCGUGCCGACCGCGAACUUUCUGCAAAAUCCACGGCACGUGCUCGUGCCACUGCUCCCGCGUUCGUCGUCAUCUUCCACAGCUGGCUGCAUGGCCGUUCAUUUUUCCACCGUAGAAUUUCAGUUCACUUCUGUCGUCGUAAUGGGGAGGCCGCGUUUACGGGGGUAUGAGCCAUUGCUUAAGGGAGUAUGAGCCACUCAUGGUCUUACAUAACAGAACGAUUUAAUUUUGAAGAAAUAAUUUCGAAGAAUCGCAAGCGGCAAAUCGCAGACGAAGGCUGCUAACCACGCCGCCGAGCAAACUCCAGACAUCGAGCGCAAGCGACAACUGCGGACUGCGGGCAUACCGUCAGUGACGUCGUUCUCUCCGUCGCAGCCGAUUGUGUGUGUAACCUCAUGACUGAGAAAUACUUCAAUGAACCCUCGGGAUUAACCCAGUGAUAAACACAGGGGCCGCACGCUUCAGCUCCGCUGAUUAAGCAUCAUCCCGGAAUGAAAAAUCCAACUUAUUUAUUUAUUUAUUUAUUUAUUUAUUUAUUUAUUUAUUUGUGGCUUGUGUGCACCAAGACCGACCUCAUCUAUCUUUUUGCAGCGCUUCUUUGGCGUGGUGAGAAGCUUCGGUGGGGAUGAAGAUCAUCCUACAAUCACGCACUUUGGUCAGAUAUUUAGGCUCGUGAGCCUAAACUGCGCGAAAUGUUAAGACGACAGGAAGAAACACACGACAUUUAGAAACGCAGCUUCUGCGCUUCGCUGUAUGCGUUUCUUCCUUUCGUACAGUUUACCCUUCUUUCAGUAUUAACGAACUGUCGCGAAAUCUUCUUGCUGUAGGUGAAUACCGCUUUCUCGUGGUAUCACUAAUUUGGACAAGGGAGAACGCCAGCGAGCGUGAAACACGCGCAAACUGCCUAUCCGCACGAGCUCAAGGCUGUGCCGAGGCGUCUGCAGUGGAGCCCGAUGGAACAGCGUUGCCACCUGGCGGCUGUCACAGAAGUGGCGACAGCGGCUGUAAGCGCGCGGGCGGGGAGUUUUACAACUGAAGCUAGUCUAGUAACGUUGGUAUUUCCCAUCGUGAGUGGCAGUGGCUGCAUUUUUUUUUGAGGUAGUGUGUAGUUCUUUUUAUUGGUUAUGCUGAAACAAGGUGGCCUGUGUGCAAUUAUGUGUAUGUUUAAUCCAAUCUAGUCAGAAUCUGUAAGCUAAUGGUGUGCUUGGCCCACAUGUCCCAGCUAUGCUUGGUUUUUCUUAAUUUAUUGUCAUAAAACUGAACUUUUAAAUGUUUUAUGCCCUCACUUUUUAGUAGGGUUGACAGAGUAGAGCCUCUGGUCUUUGUUUUGGAAUUUAAUGUCUUUAAAUGUUUUUAGAUGUAUGUCUCAUGCGCUCAUAUUUUAGUUACCUUAGUGGUUUAUUUUGAUAUGUAGAAGCCAUGUCCAUUUGUACGGAUAUUGUGCUUGGUGAGAAUAAGGGCUGUGACAGAUUGAUGGCAUUAUGUUUCUUUGAAGGAAAGUGCCCUUAUGUAUUGUUUCUGGUGGCAAGAGACAAGUCUCUCAUCAUAUCGUGCUUUGGAGUAUAUAUAUUUAGUGAAAUCUAGUCAGAAUCUGCAAGCUAAUGAUGGGCUUGAUCCACAUGUCCCAGCUAUGCUUGUUUUUUUUGGUGGUUUUUAAUUUGACAUCAUAAAACUGAACUUUUAUUUGUUUUAUGCACUCACUUUGUAACUGGGUUGAUGCAACAGAGCUCGUUGUGUUUAUGUUGGAAUUUAAUGCCCUUAAAUGUUUUUAGAUGUGUCUUAUGCACUCAUCUUUUAAUAAAGUUGCUUUAGAGGUUUAUUUGCAUAUGUAGAAGCUAUUGAACGAUAACCAUGUCCAUUUGUACGGAUAUUGUGCUUGACGAGAAUAACGGCUGCGACAGAUUUAUGGCAUGUUUCUGUGAAUAAAAGGGCCCAUAUUUAUUGUUUCUAGUGGCAAGAGACAAGUCGUGCUUUGCAGUUCUAUACUUUUAGUGCUUGGUGUUGUCUUUGUGUUAGGUUUACUAAAGUAUAGUUUCAUAGAAAAUGUGUAAAAAUUUGAGUUGAUCUGCUGAUCACCCCCUACAUUCCUAGAUUUCUUCUGAUGCACUAGAGCUGAUGACGCUAUAUCCACUUGCAGGCUAUUUGUCUUAAGCAUUGGAGGUAGGCUUUGCAGUGCUUGUUCGCUGGAUGCAGAAGCUCUUCUACUGUGAUAACACAAGACCAGAGCCCACUGUUUUUUUGCUUGUUUUUGCUUUACUGUGAAUAAAAAUGAAAGCUGUAA